CAUCCAUGGACUGCAUAUCUAGUAAACAUCAUCCAAUAUUUUUCACGGAAUUAUUUUGCUAAAUUUAAUUUUUCCUUAUUUUUCAAUCAAAGAGAGACAAACACACAACUGAAAAUUAUUACACAACAUGAAAAAUUGGACCCCACAAAGUGACUAUAGUAGGUAGGACCCACAAACCGCCAUGAGGCACGCUGUCUAUCUAAAGUCUAAACCAAACUAAACCCAUCUUCCAUCUGAAUACUUUCUUACCCUUAACCUCUCAGACCUAACCCUAAAUCCAUCUCUCUCCUCUCUCUCUCUCUCUCUCUUUUUCUCACAAGCUUCAUCUUCAUGUUUUACUAGUCCACCUCCAGUUUCAUUGUACAUGUACAUGACCUUGUAUCUCUUUUCUUUUGCUCUUCUUCAAAAUUUUCAAUCUUCUUCCCCUUGAUUAAUUGUAUUUCCAUACUCAAGCUAAGCUACUGGUUUUGGUUUGAGCGAAAGAGAAAAAGGAGAUUAAUUAACUAGGGUUUUUAAUUGUUUGUCUUUUCACUCAAGAAAUGGAUCAAGUCUCUCGCUCUCUUCCUUUUCUCUCAAGAGAUCUUCAUCUUCACCCACACCAUCAGUUUCAGCAUCAGCAGCAACACAAUCACAUCCACGAGAUCGACCAGCACCGAAUCAGCGGCCUAAAACGCGACCGAGACACUGAGAUCGAUCCAAACGAGCACUCUCCAGCCGGAAAGGAUCAAAACACUCCCGGUUCCGGCGGAGAAAGCGGCGGUGGAGGAGGAGGAGAUAAUCAAAUCACGAGAAGACCACGUGGCAGACCAGCUGGAUCCAAGAACAAACCAAAACCACCAAUCAUCGUCACGAGAGACAGCGCGAACGCUCUCAAAUCCCAUGUGAUGGAAGUAGCCAACGGAUGUGACGUCAUGGAAAGCGUCACGGUCUUCGCUCGCCGUCGCCAACGCGGUGUAUGCGUUUUGAGCGGAAACGGCGCCGUUACUAACGUUACCAUAAGACAGCCAGCUACGGUACCUGGUGGCGGCUCGUCUGUGGUUAACUUGCACGGACGUUUCGAGAUUCUUUCUCUCUCGGGAUCUUUCCUCCCUCCUCCGGCUCCACCGGCUGCUUCCGGUCUAACGAUUUACUUAGCCGGUGGCCAAGGACAAGUAGUUGGAGGGAGCGUGGUUGGUCCACUCAUGGCUUCGGGACCUGUGGUGAUUAUGGCCGCUUCGUUUGGUAACGCUGCGUAUGAGAGGUUGCCUUUAGAGGAGGAUGAUCAGGAAGAGCAGCAAACGUCUGGAGCGGUUGCUAAUAAUAAUAAUAUAGAUGGAAACGCAACGAUGGGUGGUGGGACGCAAACGCAGCAGCAGCAGCAGCAGUUGAUGCAAGAUCCGACGUCGUUUAUUCAAGGGUUGCAACCAAAUCUUAUGAGUUCAUCUGUUCAAUUGCAAGGCGAAGCUUAUUGGGGAACUCCGAGACCAUCUUUCUAAUUCGCCAAAAUAAUAAUAAUGAUACGUUUCUUCGUUUUUCAAUUUUUAAUAUAUCUUCUGUUAAAUUUUAAUUUUAUUUUCUAAAAGAUAAUUGUAGCCUUUGAUGAAGAUUUGGGGUACGUAUGGAAUCGACGAGAACCGUUUUGGUCAUGAGAAUGGUCGAUCGAUCUUUUAGGUUUGCGAGGGGGGUUUUGUGUGUCUGCGUUGACUAAGAAAAAAUAAUAAAUUGGUUCCAAGUUUUUAUGAUC